UGAGCGAAGAGGAUUUUUAAUCUGUCCUCUUUUAGAAAGUGUCGUGUGGCAUUCAUGUGGAUUUUUCAAAGAAACGCUAAAUUACAACACACGACGCCAGUUGUUUAGUGAUGUCUGAACACGUGUUGCCGGCCGAAGAGCCGGUUAAGUUCAUCGCGCCAAUAAUUCAGGAUAAUCCCACAGGAUGGGGACCUUGCGAAAUGCCGGAGCAAUUUCGGGACAUGCCUUACCAACCCUUCAGUAAAGGGGAUCGCUUGGGUAAAAUAAGCGAUUGGACUAUGGUACAGGAUAAGAAGUAUCAAAACAAGUAUGCAUCCCAAUUUGGCGCUGGUUCGUCAUAUGCGUACUAUCACGAUGAGGACGAGUCUACUUUCCACCUCGUGGACACUACUCGAGUGCAGAAGCCUCCGUACCAGAGGGGUCGUGCGCGUGGGCAGCGAGGAAGGGGUGCAAGAGGUGCCCGUACACCCGGUGGGAUGACUACCUUGAGCAAGGUAAGAAACCAACGUGACCGCAAGCUUGGCAAGAGAUGGGGCCAGAGGGGUGCUCCUAUGAAAAUCCGAGAUGCGUCUGUGACUGUAAGGCCUACCUGGGUCACCAUUGAAGACAUGGACUUCCCUCGACUUGCUAAAUUAUCCCUUCCUGGAAUUAAAGAGGGUGAAGAUAUUGUAUGCUGCGGUACUUUGGAGUACUACGACAAGGCGUAUGACCGUGUCAAUGUGAAACAUGAGAAGACUCUGCAGCGCAUCGACCGUAUCUUCCAUACGGUAACGACAACCGAUGACCCGGUGAUCCGCCGGCUGAGCAAGACGACUGGCACGGUGUACGCCACCGACGCCAUCCUGGCUACCAUCAUGUGCUGCACGCGGUCCAACUACUCCUGGGACAUCGUCAUGGAGAAGAUCGGCGACAAGCUGUUCUUGGACAAGCGCGACAACACGGAGUUCGACUUGUUGACGGUGAACGAGACGUCUGUGGAGCCUCCUGCAGACGAUGGUAACUCCAUCAACUCGCCACGCAACUUGGCCCUCGAAGCCACCUUCAUCAAUCAUAACUUCAGUCAGCAGGUGCUGAAGUCUGGCACGAACGAAGCGAAGUACAAGUUCCCGGAACCGAACCCGUUCGUGUCCGAAGAGGAGGAGGGCGAAGUCGCCUCCGUCGGGUACCGCUACAGGAAGUGGAACCUGAAUAACGGUGUUGUGUUGGUAGCUCGUUGCGAGCACGAUGCAGUGAUGCAAGGUCCCCAAGGCGAGACCCAGUUCCUGACCAUCAAGGCGCUCAACGAGUGGGACUCCAAGCUGGCCAACGGAGUCGAGUGGAGGCAGAAGUUGGACACCCAGCGCGGUGCCGUGCUCGCUAACGAACUCAGGAACAACUCCUGCAAGUUGGCUAAAUGGACUGUGCAGGCGCUCCUAGCAGGCUCGGACCAGAUUAAGUUCGGCUACGUGUCCCGCGCACAGGUCCGCGACAACUCUCGCCACGUGAUCCUGGGUACUCAGCAGUUCAAGCCCCACGAGUUCGCGGCUCAGAUCAACCUGUCCAUGGACAACGCUUGGGGCAUCUUGCGCUGCAUCAUCGACAUCUGUAUGAAGCAGAAGGAUGGUAAAUACCUAAUAAUGAAGGACCCCAACAAGCCGUUGAUCCGGUUGUACGACAUUCCGGACAACACCUUCGAAUCCGACGCGUCCGAGGAAAGCGGCGAUGAGCCUGCAGACACACCGUUCGCCCCUCUGUACUCUUACGGAAACGCCAAGAGGAUUUAGCCCAUAGUCUCCCUUUUCAACCUCGUAUAACUCAACCAAGUUAUAUACUAGCUUCCAAUCAAGAAAUAACAGGAUUCAACAUACAUACUGUAUUUAUCUGUAUAGUCCAGUAUUUAAAUUUUAUAGAUUCCUUUCCAUUAGCCAUAUAGUCGCAGGUAAUUAAGGAAUUGUUGUAUUCAUUAUGUAUUUUUUAUUCUGCAAAUAUAACUGUGCGGUCACAUUU